CUGGAAAUGAUGUCAUUAUGCAUUUCUUCCUCUCAACCUUGCCCUUUGGUGGUGUUGGUCACAGCGGGAUGGGCGCCUACCACGGCAAGCACAGCUUCGAGACCUUCUCCCACCGCCGCGCCUGCCUGAUCAAGGACCUGAAGAUGGAGAGCACCAACAAAAUGCGGUACCCGCCUGUCAGCCAGAAGAAGGUGGACUGGACCAAGUUCGUCCUCCUGAAGCGGUUUAACAGGGGCCGAAUUGGACUGGCCGUCCUGGCCCUGCUGGGGGUGGUGGCAGCGGUGAUGAUGAAGAACCACCAGUCUGUGCUGAAGAGAAAAGCCCUCUUGAUUGUGCUGGCUGUGCAGAGGCUGGGCUGGCCCAGCGGGUGGUAAGGAGGAGCAGGUUUCAGAGCACUGCUGUGGCUGUCACAGUGAGGUGGUUUACUGAUGAAGAGGAGAAGGCCCCGCGUGCCAGCCGUGCUCUGGGUGCUCGCUUUGUGUCUCUUUCCUUAAGCUGGGAAGUCAUGAUUUUCUUUUCUUCUGGGUGAUUUCAGUGAGCUGUCGAGCACACAGAGUAGCCUUAGAGAGGCACUAACAACAAGAAGGCUCAGACUCCCGUUUGCUAAAAAGCCAUGCUGGAACAGAGGGACCAGAGGGGACAAGCUCUCCGGAGGAGGACUGCAGAGCAAGAAAUUCCAGUCCCUAUCUCCACCCCAUGCCAUGCAGGGUGCUGCUUCCAGGGGCACACCAAACCACUUGCCUUCCUUCAGUGACCAACAGGAGCUUCAGCUUCAAGCAGUCCUUGGGCUGACUGUUUUCCCUGCAGUUUUUGGGAUGGGCUCUCUCCUGUUGUGCUCUGAACACCCUCCCUGUUGGUGACAAGUCUGAGAUAAGCCAUGCUGGCUGAUGCAUUUGACCAAGAGUGAUGGUUGUGAAUGAACCCAAGUGAGGUUCCCCUUGACAUUUGAGAUGAAAUAUUCGUGGAUCUCUUCAAAUUGGAAUCAUCCACAGCUGGUCAGGGGAUGCAGGCUGGUGCCCUUUUGGGGCUCUGGGUUUCCCCAUAUGGCUGUAAAAAUUAUUUAAGUGUUAGAAAAUUACAGAGGUGGUACCUGCACUGCCUAUAUUGUGCUGAUGAGUGUCUUACGCUCAUACAAAAGAACUUCCAGGCCUGUUUAGAGAAGUGGGGAUGACAAAGUACCCUGUGGGUUAACUCAGCUCCAUGCAGCUGCUCCUUUAUUCCCAGUGGGAUGGGGAAGAAAAUCAGAGGAGUGAGAAAACUUGUAGGUUGAGAGAAAGAUAGUUUAGUAGGUGAAGUGAAAGCUGGGCAUGCAGGCAAAUUAAAGCAAACUGAGGAAUCUGUUCAUUAAUUCCACUUAUCAGACAGUUGUUCAGCCAUCCCCAGGAAAGCAGGGCGUCAUCGCACCUGAUGGGGACUUGGGAAGACAAAUGCCAUCAUUGCCAAUGUCACAAAUCCAAAACAGCACCAUCCUGCUAUGAAGAAACUUCCUGACUAUGAUGAAAAUUAACUCCACCCCAGCCAGAGCCAGCACAAAGCUGUUCCUGGUUGGAUUCCUCCAAGGGAAAACAAAUGUUGAAAAAGUGUGUGGUCCUUUGUGUUUGAGCUUCUGGGGCUGCUGUAAUCUUGCAGUGGGGGAUAAUGUGGGACUUGUUCUAGCUUGGAGGGAGGAUGCUGAAGGAAUUGAAUGUGAAAGAGCCUUAGAAAUAUUAAUGUCAAAAUAAGGCAAAUUAAAAAAAAAUUAUUACUAAAUGCAAUUAAUAUAGAGUAGAAAAUUAUAUUUACUGUGCAAUAAGUAGGAUUUCUUCGUGGCUGGUGAAAAUCCCAUGUGCUAAGCCUUUUUGAUGAUAUAUUUUGCAAGUACUAAAUAAACACCAAGAAUUUAAGUAAUAAA